AUGGCGGCGAUGCAGUGGUGCGGCGCGAUGACGCGACGGAUUAUGAUGACGCAGCGUACGUCGGCAGCAGUGAAUGGUUCGGCGAGGUUAUCUCCGGCGUCUGCAGCUCCGGCGGUAUCGGAAAUGGAUUUGUGCGGAAGAGGGGAUAAGAAGACGAAGAAAGGGAAGAGGUUCAUAGGAUCGUACGGGAAUUCGAGAGGGAAGAAGCAGAAGAUGAUUGAGCGGAUCAAAGACAAGCUCGAGGUUCCCAGGUCUACUCCUUGGCCUCUCCCUUUCAAGCUCAUCUGA